AAACCGCAAGGUAACGUGAGAAUGUUGGGACAAUUUUAGUUUUAAAAAGUACUCGAAGUUUGCGCCAGGGUGGUAUUACAUGUACUAAUAUGUGAGUACUUACAAAUGCUCAUAGGUUACAGUUCAAAGUGUAUGAGAUUUUUCAUAUUGUCAAAUUCAAAUCAAAGAAGGAAUUAUAAUUGAUAAAACCCCCAUGUGAAUGAUAUCGCUUUAAGGGAAAAGUGUUAACAUGUGAAGUGUAAUGUUGUUUAAGUUAAGUGUUAAAGAAACUUCCGCGUGUCUUAUAUCGCAUACACUGUGUAUUGUGAAAUGUGGGAUACUAUACAAAGAAGAAGAAACCAUGGUGAACGUAAGGGGGUUUGUCUACAGACUACAUCCUAAAGCGGCGUUUGUUAAACUGAUUUGGUAUGGACUUUUUUUCCUGACAUUGUCAUUCAUUUCGGUUAUAUUUAUGGUGAAUAGUAGUCCAACAGUUAGCUACCCGUAUAACAUGUAUAAAGGGUAUCCAUUAACCGUAUACGACAAGCCGUAUAACAUUAACAAAACAGAAUGCAAGAAUGAUAGAGUUAUAAUCGUCGUUCAUUCAGCAAUAACUAACUUUAACAAACGUGACAGUAUUAGAAAAACGUGGGGGAACAAAGCAUUAUUACAGCGAUAUGGGAUGAAACUAGUGUUCAUAUUAGGAAUGCCUUUCAAUAGAGAUUUACAAGUUCUUAUUGACGCAGAAUCCACCGAACAUGACGACAUUGUUCAGGGAAACUUUUUAGAUUCUUAUACAAAUAUAACCCACAAGGCUGUUCUGUGGCUGCGAUGGGUAACGGAAAAUUGUCCAAAGGCAAAAACUGUACUGAAGUUAGAUGACGAUGUAUUCGUCAACGUGUUUUCAUUCCAUCAUUACUUACCUGUGUUUGAAACUCCGACAAAUUUUGAUCGUCAUAUUUGGUGUGAAGUAAUUGAUAUAGAGACGCAACGUAUUCAGCGGAAAGCAGGACUAAAAUGGAGGGUAGCAGAACAUGAGUUAACGGGCCUCACGCAUUAUCCGUUAACUUUUUGCCGUGGAUAUUUUGUUGUAUUAACGGCGGAGAGCGUAAAAACAAUGUAUCGUAAAGCGAAGGAAACUCCUUUCUUUUGGAUUGAUGAUUUUUACAUAUUUGGGACACUAGCAAAUAAAACAGGAACACGUUUUUCUUCUUUGAAAUUUCUUGCCGAUGAACAAAAAGCAGUAGAAUGUUUUAAGUCAAGAAAAUCUCUGUGUGAACUUAUGGGAGUGUUACUAGAUUCAAACAGUGCUAUGGAGUUACUUUGGAAGUACACUGUUCAGCAGCUAAAUUCUUUUACAUGAUCCAGCAAUGUUUAUUAGUCUGUUACAUUUGCUAUAAGAUAGUGUGCCUUUGAAACUGCUGUUACAAAGUUAUUUUUACUUCUUUACCUUAAAUCACCAAGUUCAUUUGACGUUUCAGAAUAACGUUUUUGUAAUUUUGCUGCUCAAGUUCUUGUUUAAUCAUAGUUCUAUGUUGUUGUAGUCCGGAAGUGUUUCGUGCGUGGGCAUCCUUUUUCAACUCCAUGGAUGAUAUUUCACAUUCAACCGUUCAGUUAAGUGUAUAAGAAGAUACAAAGUUGCUCGUGACAUCUUGAAGAACACGAUUAUAUGUGUUUGAGGGAAAUUUGCGCGCAUUUGUGUGGUGACAGAGAUAAAAAUGUAUACUUGAUACAUGUGCCAAUAUCAUACGUACAUACAGGCCCCGGAAUGGAGCAGUUAAUAAUCAAACUCACUAGAACUUAGUGAACAAUACUUCUGUCCACAUCUUAUCACGUGGUACUGAGUAGUUACAAAUUGGCAACUGCGUAGGAAAAUAAUUUUAAUUAAGAAUGAAUCGUCGUCGUUUACUGAACAAUGUAUUGUUCAUUUGAGCUGGAAUUUAAUCACAAUGAUCAAACUCUUGAGGAAUUUAUUAAGUAUUUGAACAACCAUGCAAUGUAAAUCAGUAGUGUUCUUAGACAUAUCAUAAUUUCUUUUUAAAUAUCACGUGCCAAAUAGGAAUUAAUAUCAUUUUGGUUGAUAGUGAAAUUGUCUUCAUGAAUUAUACGUAAUCACAUCAUAAUUGAUAGCAAUAGGUAAUGUUCAUUCUGUCUAAAUGUGAUAUAUAAUGUUAUCAAGUUAACAACAGUGCUUACUGUGUAUAACUUGAAAGCCAUUACUUCUUGCCCCUAUCACAACCGUCUGCAACACGCAUGUAACAUGUAUAAAACCGUAAAAAUACUUUAAAUGUUAAAUUGUCAUGAUUCCAUCAAUGAAAAACCGACAGUUGCACAAAAGUCAGUGAUAGAUAUUGGUGCUGUGAGAUUGCAUAGUCAAUAUGGUUCAAUUUUAAUCACGCGUCAACUUUAACUAUGCUUCCAGCAUUUAGACCUGGUGUCGAGGUUAUAAAACUUCUUUCUGAGUUCUGUCUCAAAUCUCAGGAUUUCCAUUGGUCAGUGUACAUUAUAUGACAUUUUCAGACCAAUCAAAUAUCAAAGAUUUGAGUCAGUGUUAGCUUGGAGAAUGUCUUUAUACCCUGGUGCAUGGUGUUAACACAGAUUCUUUAAAGAUGUGUUUUUGUGAUGGCAAGCUGUCUGUUGUUGUAACAAUAUCUCCCUCUGAACCACUUGCAGGAUUUUGACCAAACUUUACAAAAAUGAACUUAAAAUGGCCUUCUACAAAAUUAAUGUACAAUGUAGAUCGUUCUGGUCUGAUGUACACCAAGAUCAUAAGAGCAAAGCUAGACAUUACGUUUUCUUUAAUCGUCUGUGCAGAAACUUUAAUGCCAAGAACAUAGGCAUUGGGUAUAUGUUAAAUUGUUUCCGCUUAGCAAUAUAGACUUGUAUAGGAGUCUUUUUGUGUUGAACUACAAUGCGUUUGUUUUACACAUGAUAUGGUUUAGUGAAUAGCUACAAAAGUUAUAUUAAUCAUGCCCCUUGGUUUAAAAAUAGCCCCGCCCUGGUGCUCAGUUAGGUUACAUAUACUUUUUAUAAACAUGACUUAGAGCAUUAUAAUACCCCCACAAAACGAAGGUUAAUCUGGUAUAUAGGAGUCAGCUCUUCGGCUGGUCGGUCCGUCGGUCUCCUUCAUGGUGUCCGGACGAAAGCUAGACUUUGGAAUGAGUUAUUGUAUUCAAACUUGGUAUAAAGCCACCGUAUGUGCCAUGUGGUAACCCUGGUUGGUUUUGCUUUGAAUAACCUGGUUCCAGGUCACAGUUACUAAAAUAGAAGAAUGGUUUCCGGACAAUAUCUAUAGUUAUGAAUGAGAUAUGAUAGUCAAACUAUAGCAAACUUAUAUGAAGACCCCGAUUGAGUUUGUAUUUGGACCCACUAAAGCCAAGAUCACUAUUUCUAAAAAUAGAAAAUGGUUUUCGGACAAUAUCAAGAACGAGAUAUUGUAAUCAAACUAUAUAUGGAAGUUUAUAUGAAGACUCCGGUUUGGUUUGCUUUUGGACCUCCUGGGGUCAAGGUCACUGUUACCAAAAAGGAAAAUGGUUUCCGGACUAACAUUAGUUAAGAAUGAGUUAUUGCAAUCAAACUUGAUAUUUAGCAACCAUAUGUGAUUGCAUUUGGGCCCCCUGGGGUCAAGGGUCACUGUUGUUAAAAAAAUAGAAAAAUGUUUUUGGACAAUAACUAGAGUUAGGAAUGAGAUAUUAUAAUCAAAGUAAGUGUAAACCAAGGCAAGCUUAUAUGAACACCCUGGUUGGGAUUGCAAUUAAUUGAAAUGAUUCUUUAUACACAGUUGAAACUUCAUAAAUUAUAGGUUGAGUUCAAAAGGUUUCUUGUGAGGGUAUUAAUCACUAUAGUGAUAGCUCUAGUUUGGCAUUUAUUAUCACCUUGUGGUCCUUCCUCUAAAAAUUGUGUUACUCAUUCCCUGAUGCAAAAAAAUGGACCCAGCGCCAGAGUUAUUAAUAUUGAUAUUUUAUUGUUAUUUAUGUAGAGUUAAUUGUAUUAAAAUAUUCUCUGUGUGUUUCCUACAAAUCCCAGAGCUUAAAUAUUCAUCAAGUGAACUUCUAAAGUAUUGUAAUUCAUUCCCCUAAGUUGACACUUCGAAAACUUAGUUAACAUAGAUUAUUGUAAUCACCCAUGUGUUUCUUGACUUUCUCGAGAAAAAACAACGCUCAGAGCAUAGAUAUCGAGCAUAAAGCUUUACCUCUUUAUCCUCUACAAAAUUAACCCCGCCUUAUAAGUCACUUAGACCUAUACAUGAAUAUAAAACACAUUUAAGUCUUUAUUAAAACUUCAAUUCCCGGAGCAAAGAUAUUAAGCUUUUUCUUGUAAACUACGACGAAAGUUAUAAUAGUAAUGUACCUUGGCUCACAAAAUGGCCUCGUCCAGGGUGCCACUUAGCUUACAUAGACUCAUCUUGUUAAUAUUAUGCCCAGAACAAAGAUAUUUGGCAUAUUGCAUCACCUUGCUGUGCUUUUAGGCCGAUUUUCAGCCCCAUAACCCUCUUCAAAGAGUACAUGUAUAUGUUAUAUAUUUUCUAAAAAAAUACACCUUCCCUAACAGUAAUUAAAAUAACAUCCAUUUUUCACAAGAAUGAGAGUGGACAGAUAGGGACAACUUCUUGUGGGAACUACAAUGCACAGAGCUGGAUCACUUAUUGAAUACAACUUGUUUGAUGGAAAUCCUUUUCCAAUAUGACAAUGUCUAGAUCUUCAGUAUUAAAUCAUGUGUCAUCAGCAUUUGGCCCUCUUCACUUUUCUUUUACUAAUCAUGCUAUUAGAGUCAAAUUGACCAUGUUCCACAUUAAAGUCAAAAAUGAUACGCCCUAAUAUGACCGACCUACCUUAUUAUUACUAGUCUUUUCUAGCAAUUAAUCUUAGGCGAGCAAUCUAGAGUCAUAAUGUACCUCUUGUUCCCUUUUUGAGCUUUCUUAAGACGCUUUUAAUAAUGGCACUAUAAAAGCAAGCAACUUUGAUUAAAGUUAGAAGCUAAUUUAAGUUAUACGUUUUUUGUACUUUAUUUUUGUAAAUAAAGAAUAUGCAUUAACUUAAUUGCCACCCUUUGUAUUUUUCACUAUGUGAAAAAAGGGACUCGCUUUUUAUCUUCAGUUACUGUAGGCAUGCUCGUUUAUUGAUCAUUUUAUAUGAAAUUAUUAUUGAAAUGUUAAAUAUUAUUGCAAUCAAUGCAUUAGAACAUUCCUUUCUUAGCAUUUAAGAUUAUAACUGGUGUAUAUACAUGUAUAUGUACCAUUAAUAAUGUCUUGUUCAUUUUGUUUUAUCACGUUUAUGAUAUUUAUUAAUAACUUACAAAUAAAAAAAUUAAAUUUCAAAA